AUUGAGUGGUUGUGACUUGCGGUUGUUUCGAAAAGUUCAAAAACUCAUGGCAAGCGAUCAAACGUUUGCAAAUGACUUAUUGACAAUCGUUCCGGAUUAUAUCUAUAUCUCGGAUUACAACACAUUCCUCAUCCAUGUGGAUGGCAACCUUAGAUUUGACACCUGCAUCAUGCACGGCAUGAUCUUCUCGUUGCAUGUUUGUCAGAGCCUCUGGAAUCUCGCAUGGAGGAUGGGUGGUGAUGGGACCAAAAUUGGAUGGCUGCCCGAAAACUAUGCAGCUUGAAAGGCUUGGCCCCGAGUGCUUAAGCAUUGUGGCUGUUCAAGAUAAGAUCACAACUGGGUUUUACAUGCUAUUGUCUUCGAUAUUUCUCGAGCGUGGCGUGGUCAAGCAAACCGCGGCUACUCGAAAGUGCUGUACUUCUGGGCAUCGAAGUUAUACUGGCUGUCUGAGAGGCCAUGGCCCGCGCGCAAAGUUCUACGUUUACCGAGGGUUUGAGCGGUUCAAGGAUGAAGAACUACCAGGGAUAAAUCAAUGGUGGUGGACCAUAUGGCGGGAUUUAAGCCAUCGCGCCCGGCGGCUCAGUGUGAAUUGCAUGGGGCCACAUCGCUAUCUUAUCUGGUGGGGCUUCACCCUGAAACGGGUUCUCACCGAUGCAUCUGAUGUUCUCAGACAAGUCAGCCACCAUAUGAGGACACCGAUGAUAGUAGAGAGUGUGCGAACAAAUGAUAGUAUGGCUGGACACUUUCAGCCACCCGAGAUCCAACUUCCUGAUGUCCCAAUCAUAAUUGUUUAA